AUGGCAACUGCAAGGCCUGUCGUGUCUAUCUUCAAGUUCGAGAACCCUUCCGAGAAGGCGGGCACUGUCGUGAUGCCCCACGUGCUGAAGUCUCCUUUGCGACCUGACCUGGUGCGCGAGGUCCACCGCGACAUGGCAAAGAACAAGCGUCAAGCCUACGCUAUCAGCGCCAAGGCCGGCUACGACACCGCCGCCGAAUCUUGGUGCACCGGCCGAGCCGUUGCGCGUAUUCCCCGUGCUCCGGGUGGCGGCACCCAUCGUGCUGGACAGGCCGCAUUUGGCAACCAGGCGCGAGGCGGAGGCAUGUUCAACCCCACCCGCAUCUGGCGCCGCUGGCACCGCAGGGUGAAUGUGACCAAGAAGCGCCACGCCGUGGCUGUCGCCCUGGCAGCUUCCAGCCUGCCCCCUCUGGUCAUGGCUCGUGGCCACAAGAUCGGACAGGUUGCCGAGCUGCCCCUCGUGGUGACCGAUGGUCUGCAGUCUGUGAGCAAGACCAAGGAGGCCAUCGAGUCCCUGAAGAAGCUCGGCUGCGGCGAGGAGCUCCAGAAGGCCAUGGACUCCAAGAAGAUCCGGGCCGGCAAGGGCAAGGCCAGGAAUCGCCGCUACGUGCGCCGAUUGGGUCCUCUGGUCAUCUACAACGAGGACAACGGCAUCGUCCGCGCCAUGCGCAACAUCCCGGGUGUUGAGACAGCCCACGUGGAUCGCCUGAACCUGCUGCGUUUGGCCCCAGGUGGCUCUUUCGGCCGUUUCCUGAUCUUCACAGAGAGCGCCUUCAAGAGGCUUUCUGCCAUCUACGGCACCCUCAAGGGUGGCGCACCCAUGAAGAAGGGCUACACCCUGCCCCGGGCAGCCAUGGCGAACGCUGACCUCGCACGUAUCAUCAACAGUGAGGAGGUGCAGUCCGUCCUGCGACCAAAGAUCGAGCCGCCAACCUUCUCCAAGAAGAGGAACGCCUUGAAGAGCAAGGAUGUCAUGGAGGAGUUGAACCCAGGUUCCACCGAGCGCAAGGCAAAGGCAGGAAAGAGCUGCGAGAAGGGCACCGCCGAGUACGAUGAGGUGCAGAAGCAGAAGAAGGCCCGCAUUGAGGAGUCCAAGAAAUACAACAAGGAGCACAAGAAGGGUGACGACACCUUCUACAAGACCCUCAUGAAGGCAUUCGAAGCACGCGCGGCUGCUGAUGCCGAGAAGAAGGCCGCCGAGAAGAGGGAGGCCGAGGGCGAGGACGGUGAGGAUGAGGAGUGA